AAACACCCGUGUGCGCGCUGCGCGGUUGUCCUCUGAAGGAAAGCCAGAAAGAACUCCUCCCUGAAAGAUAAAAAUCAUCUCUGAUGGUAAUCACUCAUAGCUCAUUUACUGCGCUUCAGUGUACUACGGUUUUAUUGUAACGUUAUCAGUUUAAUUUCUGCCUAUUUAAACAUUGAAAUUUAGAGCAAAUAACAGGAGAGAACCUCAUGCAUACCGUGCACUUAGUGAUUCAAUCACUACUGGUCUAAUUCCACAUUUGACAGGUAAGGCAGGAGGAUGAGGAACAUUGCGUCGAACUUUGUCUUCACCGCUGGACUGAUGGUCGGAUUUCUCUCGCUUCGCUUUCUGUUUCUGGACUCGAACCUUUUACCGGAUCAACUCAAAUAUUCUGUGAGGGGUGUGAAGCCUGAAGCCAAACAGGGCUCACUGCAGGUCGACUCCGGUGAGAACAAGGGCCCAGCAGUUAAUUUCUCUCACACAACACGGAUCUUGUGCUGGAUCAUGACGGGGCCCAAGAACUUGGAAUCCAGAGUUAAGCACAUCAGGGAAACAUGGGCCAAGCGCUGCGACAAAGUGCUUUACAUGAGCUCCGUCAAGACCGACUUCCCCACUGUGGAGCUGAACGUGAGUGAGGGAAGGGACAAUCUGUACUGGAAGACCAUCCGAGCCUUUCAGUACAUCCACCAGCACCACCUAGAUGAAGCAGAGUGGUUCCUGAAAGCAGACGAUGACACGUUCGUGGUCGUAGAAAAUUUACGCUACACCUUGUCCAAAUAUGAUCCAGAGAAGCCGUUGUACCUGGGCAGAAGGUUUACACCCUUCAUCAGUCAAGGCUACAUGAGUGGAGGAGCAGGUUAUGUCCUCAGUAAGGAAGCACUGAGAAGAUUUGUCAAGGGGUUCAAUAAUGGGGAAUGUACCCACUUCUCUACCAUAGAGGACAUGGCACUGGGGAAAUGUAUGGAGACGAUGAAGGUAGAGCCAGCAGACUCCAGAGAUGUGAAGGGGAGACAAACAUUUCAUCCUUAUCCUCCAGACCAUUACCUGGUCAGACAGCCCCCAAGACCACGGCCAUGGUAUCUGCUUUACGACCACUAUACUCCAAUAGAGGGACCAUUCCAUCAUGGAGGACAGUCUCCACUGUCUCCAGGUGACCAGGAAGCUCUUGCUGUGGGACUUUCCCCAUCUGGUGUCCCUCAGAGCAGUGUACUGUAUGUUCCAGGGGUGGAGAAUCGGGCAGCAGAUCUGCCGGGCGACUUCCAAUGAUGCACUCAGCUUCUCUCUCCUCCUCUCCCUCUCCAUCUGUACGUAUUCUUGUCCCAUCAAUGCAUGUUACUAACUCGACAUCUUCUCUCUCCCGUAGCUUUGUGCUUUCUUGUCUCUCUCUUUCUGUUGCUUUCAGCAGGUAUUUCUGCCUCCAGAGCUGUAGAGUCUGGAUCUAUGAUUGCAAGCCACAUACUGCCCCCAUGUUCCCGCUCAACACCUGCUGCUACAAAUUCUGUUAAAUCUCUGUGUGGAAUUUUCAUUGUGCUACUGUCGCCAACUGCUUGCUCAUGGUGGGAAUUGUUGGGCCUUUGUAAAUAAUAUUAUAAAGGGUAUGGUCUAUAUGCAAAGUGCAAUGGGAUAACUUCUGUUAUGAGUUUGCGCUAUGUAAAUAAAUAAAAUAUACUGAAUUGAAUCUCCUGUCUAGGAUUGGCCCCUUCCCAGGGAUGCUAUAUCCGGAGGUUGUAGCCCUACUGUGGUCCUGAUUUGGCAGAGCUCGGACAGAUCUAUUUGCAUCAGGAGAAACAACUCAUUGCAAAAGCUGGUUUUCCCUAAAGGCUCAGGGGGCUCCCACAGCUCUGUCUCAAGAGUGGCUGGAAGGCUUGUUGUAUGCGUUUUCUCCACUGCCUUUAAUUCCCCAUGUACUCCACAGGAUUGCCACAAGUCAUUACAAGGUGCUGUUAAUAGUUCCCCGGUGGCCAGGGAGGCACUGGUUUCCUCCAGCCGAUCCCUCUCCACCCGCCCGGAUCAUCAACGACCACCCAGCUUACAUUGUCUGGCAGUUGGCUGUGCGCCGCCAAGGCCAGGGGUCCCAGUACCUCGUUGAUUGAGUGGGAAAUGGUCCUGAGGAACGUCCCUGGAUUCCUUGCAGCCUCAUCCUGGAUCCCUCCCUUGUCCAAGACUUCCAUCGUGCUCAUCCUGACAAGCCUGGGGGUUCGCCUGGAGGGGGGUUACUAUUACGGCUUCAGCCGUAACCUCAGAUAUUUCCCUUGUGUUUCCCUGUGUUUCCCUUUUUCCUGUUUUCCCCUGUCUGUCUGUGUGUGUCUGUGUCUGUGUGUGUGUGUGUGUGUGUGUGUGUGUGUGUGUCUGUCUCUACCGGCUCCUGAUUCACCGUUCAACCUGCACACCUGCUCCAAGCCAUACACCUGCAAUCCAUCCACUAAUCAACACUGCAGUAUUCAAUUCAAUUUUAUUUAUAUAGCGCCAAUUCAUAACAGAAGUUAUCUCAUUGCACUUUUCCUAUAGAGCAGGUCUAGACCGUACUCUUUAUAAUAUUAUUUACCAACAAAUCCCACCAUGAGAAAGCAUUUGGCGACAGUGGCAAGGAAAACUUCCUUUAAGAGGCAGAAACCUUGGACAGAACCAAACUCAAUGAUGGGCGGCCAUCCACCGCUGCCGUGUUAGGAUUUGAGAGCGACAGAGAGAGAGAGAGAGACAGAGAGAGAGAGAGGUAUAUCAACCCUGGUUCUUCAGCCACUCCACGCCAGAUUGAUAUUACCUACAGUGGUAGUUUAGGUCUCAAAUUGUGCAUUCAAGUUUUUCUGCUCUCGUGUGUUUUUGGGUUCACUAAUUUUGUUCACCCUACCCGCCAGCCUCUCUGCCACACUCACAUCCAGCCAUUGUCUGCUCUGCCUCGUCAUAUCAGCUUCCCUCAUUCUCUCCUGCCUCCGUCAUCUGGAUUUUCCUCUCAACCACAUUCAUUUCCUUAGAAAACUGAACAAUAAAUUAUUUCUUUAUCAAAUCCA